ACAUGGCAAGGUAAAAAGAAAAUGUCACUGGAUUGUGGAAAAUGACAUUGACAUUUCUACAUGAAAUGUAAGAUUUUUGCGAUUGAGAGAAAAAUAAUUAAUAAAGAUGUCUUCAAAUUUAUCUGCAAUUGAAUUAUUAAACUUGGGAAAUGAAGGACGAACGAAGCCUGUUUUAAAUGAAUACUGGCCCUACCUCUUGGGUACAUUCUUCGGAGUGGGAACAGGCCUUAUUAUAAAUUUUGGCACUAGACGUCCUCUCAUGAGCGGUAUACAAAAGCAUAUUAUAGGUGUAGUUGGUUGGACAUCGCUUUUUACGUAUGUAACGAACAAACGAGAAGAAUAUUUAGCUGAAAAAGACGCAAUUCUGAGGCACUACAUUCAACUGCACCCUGAAGAUUUCCCUGUUCCAGAGAGGAAAAAGUUUAGUGAAGUUUUGGAGCCAUGGGUACCUGUCCGUUAAUUUGAUUAGUGAUACAAAAAAAUGCAGAUAAAUUAGUGCAGAUUCUUUGUUUUUAUUUAAAUAAAUUGCAAUUAAUUA